UCAACAGAAACAAGAGCUCUAAGACAAUGACAAGCUUCGCGGUCGUCGCAAGACUCAUCACAAGAGCUCCAAGAGCUCGUGCUUCUGUCCCAACAAGACUCAUCCAUGGGAGUACAAGGAAUGAAGUAUCCGUCAGUGACAAAGCCACUGAGGCUCAACAAAAGGUGGCCAAGAAGGCAGACGAAGGAGCACAGACUAUCUCGGACGCUGCGGGUAACUUGAAGGAUAAGGCAAAGAACACUGCAGAGGAAGCAUGGGAUAAGGUGAAGGACACUACGGAGAAGAUCAAAGAUACGGUCACCGGAAAAACCGAGGAAACCAAGGAGUCCAUUAAAGCCACAGCCAAGACCGUCGAGAGAAGCAUGAACACCAAGAACCCCAAAUGAUAACAUACUGAACUUUUAAAAUUUUCACUAUAUUAAAUAAAAUGUCAUUUACCUAAUGGAGUUUUGUUUUGAUAUGUUUACACUUUGGUUUGUAUUGAGAAUACUGAAUACGU